AUGCUUAACCUCUCUCUUGUUUGCUUGAUAUCAUUCUUUACCUUCUUUUCAUUUUCUUAUCCUGCAACGGACACACUCACAUCUUUGGACACGUUGGGAGACAAUCAAACCCUGGUCUCAUCCGGUGGACUUUUCGAGCUUGGCUUCUUCAGCGAAAACUUUUCGGGCUAUCACUAUCUGGGAAUUUGGUUCACAGCAGAUCGAAGCAAGGUUGUCUGGCUUGACCGGGAAAAUCCCAUAUUGGAUUCAUCCGGCCUCCUUCAAAUCCGGACAGGGAAUUUGGUUCUCACCGACCGGCGACAAGUCCAGUUGAUAGUCAAUUCAGGAAGUGUGGCCGCGGCCACUACUAAUACAAGUGCAACACUUCUUGACACUGGAAAUUUUGUCCUUAAAGAAGUUGAUACAGGUACUAUUAUAUGGCAAAGUUUUGAUCUUCCAAGUGAUACAUACCUACCUGGGAUGAAACUUGGGUUGUAUGGCCUAAACACAACCCGCCACAGCUUUCACCUUAUUGUUUCUUGGGCAAGCCCCCAAAACCCAGCUCGAGGCCUCUUCACCUUGUCCGUUGAUGGCAACGACUUGUCGAAGCUUUCGGUUUGGCGAGGAGAUGGAGCCAAAAUGGACAUAGCUUCCUGGGACGGACAUAGCAUCCGGUUUAUUUUUGACAACUCAACCGGGCAGAACAAUAAUAGCAAUGACUACACUUUUAGCUACCAUGCUAAUGCGUACGAGGCCUACUACAAUUUUAGCCACAGUAGGAGCUACGACCUCAUGUGGUUCGUGAUGGCUUCCACCGGAAACCUGGACCAGUAUUUCAUGGUGGAUGGGAAGAUUUCUGUUAGGCCUCAUGCUUUGUGUGCCGAUUCGGCCGGUGGUAAUUCUGGUAGGUGCUUGACUUCAAUACCGUUCAAGUGUGGGGAUGGUAAGUUUUAUGAGAUGAAUGGUUCUUUGCCAUCUACUUUCAGUGGUACUGGUUUCAUUUCUACGGGGACUACCGAGUGUGAAACUUUGUGCAAGUCCAAUUGUUCUUGCACUGCGUUCGCUGCACUUCAGAAUGAACAACCGCCAGGAUGUCAACUCUAUUUUGGGAGCAAACAUGAUCUGUUGAAGAUCAUAGAGAAGGGGGCAGGGAUUGUUUACAUCCGGGGUCGUGCUCCAAGUGGUAAGUUUGAAUUCAACUACUUGAAUUAUACAAUAUAG